AUGGAGUUGAACGGCUGCCCCUGUGACGGCAAGGGAUGUGCGGAGGAGCAAGAAGAUUCUCGAUCAAAGCCUGAGGCGGCUUGUAGCAUCACUGCUACACCGAGUGCUAACGGCGCAGCGGCCGACGGCGGUGCCCUCAGAGAGACGCGAGUAGCAAAAUCGACUCCGGUGAUGAUGAGGCUCGAUUCGCUGAAAAAGAACAGGCCGCCUUUUCCAUGGUUUGGUAUGGACAUUGGCGGCACAUUGGUGAAGCUGGUCUACUUUGAGCCAAAAGACAUUACAGCAGAAGAAGAACAGGAGGAGGUGGAGAGUCUGAAAAGCAUCCGUCGUUACCUCACCUCACACACUGCCUAUGGCAAAACGGGUAUUCGAGAUGUCCACCUGGAGCUCUCGGAUCUCACUCUUUGGGGUCGCAAGGGCAACCUGCACUUCAUCCGCUUUCCCACUCAUGAGCUGCCCGCCUUCCUGCAGAUGGGCCGAGACAAGCACUUCUCCAGCUUACAUACCACUCUUUGUGCCACUGGAGGUGGCGCAUUUAAGUUUGAAGAUGACUUUCGUACGAUGGCCAAUCUGCAGCUUUUGAAGAUGGACGAGCUGGACUGCCUGAUAAAGGGGGUGUUGUACAUGGUCUCAAGUGGUCCGUCUGAAUGUUACUACUUUGAGAACCCGACCGAUCCAGAGCGUUGUGAGCAAAAAGCUUACAACCUGGAGAACUGUCCUUUUCCUCUGCUGCUGGUUAACAUUGGCUCAGGGGUUAGCAUAUUGGCUGUAUACUCCAAAGAAAACUACAAGCGGGUCACUGGGACUAGCCUUGGUGGUGGUACAUUCCUUGGGCUGUGUUGCCUGUUAACGGGAUGCUCCACUUUUGAGGACGCGUUGGCAAUGGCCUCCGAAGGGGAGAGUACACGUGUAGAUAAACUAGUCAGGGAAAUCUAUGGUGGAGACUAUGAAAGAUUUGGCUUGCCAGCAUGGGCUGUUGCCUCCAGUUUUGGGAACAUGAUGUGCAAAGAGAAGCGAGACUCAGUCUCUAAAGAGGAUCUGGCUAGAGCUACACUCGUCACCAUUACAAACAACAUUGGCUCAAUCACCCGCAUGUGUGCACUUAAUGAGAAUAUUGAAAGAGUGGUGUUUGUUGGAAACUUUCUGCGAGUGAACACACUAUCCAUGAAGUUGCUGGCUUAUGCUUUGGACUACUGGAGCAAAGGACAACUCAAAGCUCUAUUUCUCAGACAUGAGGGAUAUUUUGGUGCGGUUGGAGCACUUUUGGAGUUAUCAAACCCAUCUUGAUCUAUCUAUUUUCUUAGUUGAUGGCUUAACCAAAACUCCAAAUAUAUAAAAACCAAAGAACUAUCUGUGUAACACCUAUCAUAUGUCAAUGUUAUGUUAUCUGUCUUCAGGGAUAUUUUGGUGCGGUUGGAGCACUUUUGGAGUUAGCAAACCCAUCUUGAUCUAUCUAUUUUCUUAGUUGAUGGCUUAACCAAAACUCCAAAUAUAUAAAAACCAAAGAACUUUCUGUGUGUAACACCUAUUAUAUGUCAAUGUUAUGUUAUCUGUCUUGUAAAAGUUGGGAUAAAUCAUAUGCCAAUACCACUGUGUCGGGUAUUGUUGCUAACUUAAUAAAUGGCUUCUUAUAGCCUUUAGUUACAUGUUUGUGAACCCAACAAUCAGCUAAAUUGAAAGCUUAUAAAGGAAAAAAGCCAGUAAGGUCUGACUUAUAUCAACUUUAUUUUUUUAGACCUGAUCAGCAUCCGUUGCAUUUGUUAUGCUAAAAUGUGUCAGCUGUCAUACUGUACUAUUUUUUUCUAGACAGGAUUUAGUAAAGAUUGAUAUUGUACCAUACAGCAAAACAGGUUAUGGUGAUAGUCAUCAAUGCAAAGAAUGCAAAAAAAGUGCAGCACGGGGAGUAAAUUCCUAAUCUGGUGCUUUUUUGAAUGUAAGGAAUGCUUCACCUCAAUAAAUAAAAAAUUCCCAAGGCUCCCGAAUGGUGUGGAAAAGUUAAAAAGCCUUUAAUUCAUCACCCUGACAAAAGCUUUUAAGCCACAAUGCGUAGGUGUAUUUGUCACUUUUUUUUUUUUUUGCAAGAUUAUGCCAUGAUGAAUUAAAGGCUUUUUAACUUUUCAUUCGAGUGCCUUGGAAAUUCUUUAUUUGUUAUGGUGAAAGUCAUUUUUUUAUUUUAUUGUUUUGUUUACUGAUGAGUAAAUAUAUAAUUUUUGUAGCAUAAAAAUAGCACUUUUUCGGAGUCUGAAUAUUAUGGAUAACCUCCACUCAGACCUCUUAGCUUACAUUGUGGUUGUAAAAAAAUGUGUUGUGUUACUUGCCAGCAUUUUACAAAAAAGGGACCAGGGACCACCAAGCUUUUUUGAAUGUUAUGAGGGAGAACUAAAGCUUUAAACUUUUCUAAAAAGAAUAAACAGUAAAUUGAAAGUGCCUUGAUAAAAGUAGUGCUGCUUAAGCUUUUAGGUUGUGUUCUUCAGCAAAACUACUUUGUACCUUUUAUAAAUGAAAUGCAGUUUUAUUUUGUAAUAAAACGUAUAAAGUACAAUAAAA